AUGCCUAUAAGUACUGUCGGUGUUGAAGGACUGAUUUCCGGGUUUGGCCCAGCUACGGAAACAAACAUGAAUAAAGGAUCUGGUCUUGAUGAAGUAUCACCCCGUGUUACUCAAGCUAGAGUUUGUACAAAAGAUUUCUCAGAGGAACAUCAGUGCAGCAUCCAAGGUUCAGUUGACCAUGUAUGUGAAAUCGGGAACGCGUUCAGAGCUGGCGUGUUCUCUGUUAUAGUGCUCCAGUUCAUGAACUCGUUUUAUUCACUUUUCUAUACGGCUUUCUAUCUACGCGAUCUCGAAAUGCUACAGCAGCAACUCACAACUGUGUUGAUUACGCGCCAGUGCAUAGGCAACUUACGUGAAGUAUUCCUUCCCUAUGGACAUUCUCGAUUACGCCAAGUCCUUCUCUCAUUUCGGUACGAGCGUCACAAACAACAACAGGACAGCAUAACACCUCAUAACGAAACAUGCAGUACGUCUAAACCUACUACCAUUGAUGGAGACAUGAAUCCUGAUGCAGAAAUUCGCCAGCGAAAAGACCACUCUGAUGCGAAUGUCUCCGGGAAUGAAAGUCCCGAUGAACAGCCUAUUCAUGCACCAGAACGCGAAGCAACACUUCUACCAUAUGAUGGUCCGGAUGAGGAUUUUCUCGAGAUAUUUAUUCAAUUCGGCUACAUUAGCAUGUUUUCAUGCGUGUUUCCUGUGGCGGCUGCGUUGGCGUUGCUAAACAACAUUGUCGAGAUUCGUGCUGAUGCUUUCAAACUGACACACAGUUUUCAGCGCCCAUUCGCUCAUCCGGCCCACAGCAUUGGGGUUUGGCAGGUUGGUUGA